UGCAAACAAAAUUAAAAUGAAUAUAAUUUUGUAUUGUAAAUUUUGGUGUAUAUGAAGUCGACCUUCCGGCCCAGACUUCAAACACGCUCUAAUCAGAAACAUAAUGGACCUCAAAUCUUACGGAAUGAGAGCGAAAAGAGGCGGGCAAAACAGAAACACCCAAAAAUUAAAAAAACUAAUUAAUAAAAAAGGAAAAACCAAAAUAAAGAAAGGAAAAAGAAAAAAAAAUUAGGGUUGAGGGGUGCGCACUACGCCACCCGCGUACACUAGUAUUCAUCCCCUUUAUUUCUGGGACCUUCGGUUUCCGUCCUCUAUAUCCCCCGUUAUCUCCUUUUCUUGACGCCCAAUUCGUUCUCCUUCGUUUCACACAGAUCUGAGAUUGCUUCGUUUUCUCCAUCCUAGACUUGCUUCGUCUCGCCGCGAUUGGACGCUGAAAUCGCAUUAUUUUGCCGAAUUUCGUCGAUUUCGGCCACAUUUUCAGGUUUUUGCGUUGAAGUGAUUUUUAAGCUAUGCGGGCGUACGAUAGAGAAGAACGGCAUCCACAAAUGGAAGAUGAAUAUGAAGACUACGAUGAUUCUGGAUACGGAUAUGAGGAAGAAGGUGAUGAGGAGGAGGGGGAAGAAGAAGAGUAUGAAGAAGAAGAUCCAAAUCUUAGCAAAGAACGGUUGGAGUACCUUGCGUACAGACAACGUGUAAAAGAACGAAUCAGAAAGCAGAGGAAGAAAGAAGGUGGUUCUGGUCCCAACAAUUCUUAUGGCGAUAGGAAGAAGCUUCCGUAUGAUAAUUAUGGAUCCUUUUUUGGCCCAUCCCAACCAGUUAUUGCUUCAAGAGUAAUUCAAGAGAGCAAGUCAUUGUUGGAAAAUCAACAUUUGACACCUCAACUUUCCAAUGCCCUUCAUCCUAGAAAAAAGAGCCCAAGUUCAUCCUCUGCUCUUGCAAAACCCGGAGUACAUAGUCUGAAACCGAAAGUUGUAAAUGAGGUUAAAACUAAAGUCCAGAAACUAAAAGAUACAAGAGACUAUUCCUUUUUAAUGGAUGAUGAUGCAGAGAUUCCAGCUCCUGCAAAGGUGCCUCCUCAGAGAAAUGUCUCUGCUCCAAAUUCUGAUGCACGAUCUGCUCAACUGCCGAUGAAAAGUAAACAAGCAUUGGGAAAUAACGUGAGUCACUCACAGGGCAGUCAUGCAGAAAGGAAAUCAGCUCUUAUGAAUGGGCACUCUAGUAAAUUACCUUUAGCAAGUAGGCCCAGUUCGGCAGUAAUGGAUUCUAGAAGACAGCAUAGUAGCAGUAAUGGAAGUGGAUCUGGCCGGCAUAGUAUCAGCAAUGGAACUGGGCCUGGCCGGCCUAGUAGCAGCCAUGGAACUGGGUCUGGCCGGGCUAGUAGCGGCAAUGGAACUGGGCCCGGCAGGCCUAGUAGCGGUAAUGGAACUGGGCCUGGCCGGCCUAGUAGCGGCAAUGGAACUGGGCCUGGCCGGCCUAGUAGCAGCAAUGGGACAGGGCGGCCUAUAGUGACAAAAAAUUUGCCGUUGAGGAGUCCAGCUCCUGUUGUCAGAAAAGUUGCCACACCAGCUGCGAAGAGUUCCAUCCCAAGUUCUAAGAGUUCAAUUCCAAGUACUAAGAGUUCCAUUCCUCGUACCAAUAGCUCAUCCAUGCCAAGUAUGCAGAAACCCUUUUCUUCAAAGUUGCAGCCCUCUAUUUCUAGGCAGCAGCAGCAGUUAGGACAGAGAAGGGAAUUACAGGCUCCUGCUAAGGCUAAAUUGUCGUCCAAACAGUCAACAGGAUUAUCAAGACCUCAGAUUAACAAGCCACAAAGACAAAGUUCAUCCCACCUUACAUCGCAUGACAACCGCCCCAAGAAAAAGCCGAUGAGACGAUACUCUGAUGAUGAGGGUGAUGAGGGGGACCAAGCCAUUAGCAUGAUCAGACAAAUGUUCGGGUAUAAUCCCAAAAAAUUCGCCGGUCGUGAUGAUGAUGAUGAUAGCGAUAUGGAGGCCAACUUUGACGAUAUUCAGAGAGAAGAGAAAAGAAGUGAGAUAAUUGCGAGAAGAGAAGAUGAAGAAGAGCAGCGUUUGAUAGAGGAAGAAGAAAGAAGAGAGAGAGAAGCUAAGAUGAGAAGAUUAAAGAAGCGAAAGCUGGGGCAUUAGAAGUAUUAAUAUUUGAUUUGAGUCUUUAGGAAGUGCUCAGUUUCUAUUUUUAUUUAAGUUUUGCCCAAGUUGUACACAAUCAAUCAAGUUUCUUGUUAGGUGGAAAAAUCUUGGUGUUUUCUUUUUGGGGUGGAUGGGGUCAAAUAUUGAGUUAAUUAUUCACUAGUUUAGGAAGCUGUUGGUGGUGCCAAUUGUACGUAGAGGGUAGUAAUAACAUGAGGUGAUUUUUUUGAGUUUCAUCUUGUUAUUGCCACUCGCAGCCAAGUAAACUAGUUCCACCCACUUAAGUAAAUAAUAUAAUGUAAAAAAGCCAGAUAACAUUUUUUUGUCUA